GUAAUGUAUCAGACCACCCUUCAAAAUAAAAGUUCCCGCACCGCCUGAGCUUGUUGUCAACUUUGAGCUUAAUCUUUAAUUAUUUGGCCUACCAGUUUUACAUCUGAGCCGAACGUACGUCUUUUUAAAAUGGAGUUUGUUAAAGGCCGGAAGAUAAUGAAGGCUGGAGUUUUUGAACCUCUGAAGUUGUUUGAUUCAUAGCCUUCCACAGCAAGACAAAAUGGAGGAUCAUUUAGAAAGAACUCCAUCUAAAAACACCACAUGCCAGUUAUCACCUGAGGACUGGUUCAAGAAAAGGCAGAGAUCAGUAGACAAUCAUUAUGACGCGGCACAGAGAAUGCACGGCUACAACAGCAGCUUUCACACCAACAAGAGCGCUGAUUUCAACACCCGCAGUGGUUUAAAAGAAGGCUCAAACAAGCAAACUGGAAAGAUGUCAAAGGACAACAGAGCUGAGCCUUCCUCUCAGGACAAAAGACUUAGCCGGAGAUCAACAGACAGAGGUUACAGAGGGACCAAGCCUUCCCCAAACCCUGCUGAGAGAGCCAAAUCAGCCAUUACAUGUAGUAGCACAUUUGAAAUGAAACUUGCCGAUUUCCCGGAAUUGGGUGAUAUCACACCAAGCAACCAUACAGCAGCUUCCCUGCACCAGGAGCCAACAGUAUGUUCUAGUGCAGUCAUGCCAGCAGAGCGUCAGAGUUCACCAGCACUAAUUUGUAAGAAUGUACCGAAACGAAGAACCAAGUCUGCACAGCAAGUCCCGUCCAGUGGAAAGUGUGACAUGUCAUUAGCUGUCAAAGCAGAUCAGGAUAGUGCAGUAUCCAAUCCCACUGGAUCUUCUGCUCACUCCUGGGCAAAUAUUGCCUCUCAGCCUCCCAGAGUCAUCCAGAAAAUCCCCAAAGCCAACACAUCUUCCCAGGAGGAUUUAUCCACACAGCAAGUAGAGCAGAAAACAGAGAAGAAGAGGAGGAAGAAAAAGAAGAAAUCCAAAACCGUAUCUGAGAACACAGAAGAGACACUAGAGGAACAUCUGAUACAGCAGGAGCCACCGAAGUUUGAGGAUGAAGAGGAGUUUCCAGACCUGUCGCUUGCAUUUGAACUCAAAGGACAUUCAGAAGCACAAAAAGAGCGAUUGUCUCUACACCCAGGGAUAAAACACAAAGCCACUACACCCGCUUAUGCCUCCGGUGACGCUAAGAAAACACAGACUAGUCAGAAAAAGUCAAAGGUUCCUGUACAGCUUGACCUUGGAAACAUGCUGGCAUUUCUUGAGCAGAAGCAACAGUCUCAAAAAUCUAAACAAGAUCAGCGACCAGUAACACUUUCCGUUGGAGGAGCUCUACCUGUAGUCCACAAAGAAACUUCAGUUCAGAAAAAGCAAUGGCAGCAAGAGAAAACACCGCACAACCCGCUGGACUCCACUUGUCCCUUAGUGAAGAAGGGAAAACAGCGAGAAGUUCCCAAGGCGAAAAAACCAACACCUCUCAAAAGAGUCAUUCUUCGGGAGAGAGAGGAGAGAAAACAGAACCGCCUGCUGGAGGAGAGAGACCCGGCCCGAGUAUCCACUGAAGCUGCUGAAAAGGAAACUAGUAAUAGUGAGAAUCCUUCUGAAACGAGCCUGCCUGACAAUGAUCAGCAUCUUCUCACAAGUAUGGAAGUAUGUUCACAAUCUGUAUCAGAUAUAGAUGAGAACCCUGGACUCGUUGGUACUGAGGAGUCAGAGUGUGACCAGCCUGGUUCGCCAUCUGAUCACAAGUUGGAUGACAGUGUGCCAGAAAAUGCAACACUAAAAUCCUGGAAUCCCAAUUCCAAUCCCAAUCUUCCCAAAAUCCACAGCAGGAAGUUCAGAGACUACUGCAACCAAGUGCUUAGAAAAGACGUAGAUGAAUGUGUGAGCAGCUUACUGAAGGAGCUGGUGAGGUUUCAGGAUCGUCUUUAUCAGAAAGACCCCAUGAAGGCCAGGAUGAAGCGCAGGCUGGUCAUGGGCCUACGAGAGGUGCUGAAACACCUCAAACUCAGGAAGGUCAAGUGCGUUAUCAUCUCGCCCAACUGUGAACGUAUACAGUCCAAAGGAGGUCUAGAUGAGGCUCUUCACACUAUCAUUGACACAUGCCGGGAUCAAGGUGUCCCGUUUGUGUUUGCCUUGUCGAGAAAGGCGCUGGGCCGCUGUGUUAAUAAAGCCGUCCCCGUCAGCUUGGUGGGGAUCUUUAACUACGAUGGCGCACAGGACCUUUAUCACAAAAUGAUUGAGUUAUCAGCCGAGGCCAGGAAAGCCUAUGAGGUGAUGAUUGCAAAUCCGGAGACAGAAUCGCAGGAACAGCAGGAGGAGCUACAGGAGGUGGAGCCGUCGGGAGAACCUUCUGGAACAGAGGAGCCAGAGUACAUUAAAAUCUGGAGGAAAAUGCUUGAGAAAAAUUACAACCACCCUUUCCUGAAUUUCGAGGACCAGUUUUCAUCCGUUUCCAUUGGUUCAGAGCAGCUGCUGGAAGAUGAUGAAGGAAGUUGAUGGAAGUUCAUAGACGAAUGAGGCAA